ACGUCCGUUUUCACUACAACCCUGCUUCCCUCGAAUAUUCUGCUCUGACGAACGUUACGAAUUUGCUUUGUUCAGUUACUUGACACUCAUACUCUAAUAGCGUUCAACCUUUUAUUCACAAGGUCGAUCAUACCCGAAGCCUCCCCCCUGAAUCGAAAGACACCAUACCGAAUCGUGCAACAUCAUGGCUUCCCAGACAGCCGCGGGUUCUUAUUCGAACCCUUUGAAGAAGUUUAAAUUAGUAUUUCUCGGAGAGCAAAGUGUCGGGAAAACAUCUUUGAUCACACGGUUUAUGUACGAUUCAUUCGACAACACAUAUCAGGCAACAAUCGGAAUCGACUUUCUGUCAAAGGUGUGCAUGCCACUUGUCCUCGGCCAUGACUCUCUAAUUGAGAAUUAUAGACCAUGUACCUCGAAGACCGAACAGUUCGACUGCAACUAUGGGACACAGCAGGCCAGGAACGUUUCCGAUCCCUCAUCCCCUCCUAUAUCCGUGACUCAAGUGUAGCUGUCGUUGUAUACGACAUCUCCAACGCGAAAUCGUUCCAGAACACGAAGAAAUGGGUAGACGAUGUCCGAGGCGAGCGAGGAAACGAUGUGAUUAUUGUGCUUGUUGGGAAUAAGACCGAUUUGAACGACAAGCGAGAAGUAACUACCGCGCAGGGCGAGGAGGAGGCCAAGAAAAAUGGGCUUAUGUUUAUUGAGACGAGUGCAAAGGUUGGACAUAACGUGAAGCAAUUGUUUAGGAGGAUAGCACAGGCCCUUCCAGGAAUGGAGGGUGAGGCGCAGAGAGGGGAGAACCAAAUGAUCGAUGUCAACAUUAACCCGUCGCAACCAACAAAUAACGACGGAUGUGCCUGUUAAGUAUUUUGGUGUUGGAGCUGACUUGUGGUUUGAUGUGUAUAAGUGGCGCAUGGUUCCCAUGUAUAUGAUUACUAUUAUUUCUCCUUACGAAUUAAUAUAUAUUCAGGCAUUCUGUCGACUCCUUUCACAGUGGGCAGCCCCGAGGUUCUACCUUCAUCCAUGCAUAUCAUCAACCAUAUUCCCUGCCUAGAUAGUUAGAUUAUUGAUAUCCGAAUUCUCCAAAAUCUGCAAGCGUUGACUCCCGUCCAACACUAG